GUUUGUCUGGCGGACAUAGGUUAAACAGCGAAGCAUGAUUGGUCGGCAAUGUCUUAUCGCUGUUUUGUCGUGCCUUUGUCAGGUAGAAUAAACGAUAUACUGUCAGGAAUUUAAGAGGUGCCUUUAGCUUGUUGUGAAUGCACCUGACCUAGCCACAACAAAGCAGCGAUAAGACAUAGCCGACCAAGCUGAGAUUUUUGACAUAAUUGAUGCGAUAUAUCGCACGCCAGAGACCGUGACGAAUCACCUUAAGUUCAGCCUAAGUUCACUGAUUGGCCAGUGGUGCAGCUUAUUGAUCGCUCUCAAGUCAAGGACUGCAUCAGCGGACAAAAUGUGAGCUCUGAGUUUCUGUCCAAGAUUUAUUGAGGUUUAAGAUAGUGCUGCUGAGCUGCGCGCCAGGUUGUUGGAGUUUUUAAAUUUUUGAAAUCACUAAUUUACUGAUUAGUUACUCAAUAUUUUCUUUGUAUUACAGGUGGUAAUCAUGGCAGAGAAAAAGUGGUACAGGAGGUGAAGAAGGUGAAGGUGAAGGUGAAAAAGGUGGGUAUUAAGAAUAUUCAUAAUUUUUAAACAUAUCGUUUCAAGAUUUCCAUCAGUCUUUACCUAUUCCAUAUAAAUUCAUAUUUUUCCAAAAAAUAUAUCAAUUCUGUAAAGUACUGACCCAGUUCCUGCAGUUAAAAUUAUCAAUUGCGUUGCCUUUGCUUUUAGCACAAGUUUUCAUACCGGCUUAAAUUUUUUGGUAAAAAGCUACUACAUGUAUUAUACCCAAAACAGCAGGAAUAUUGAAAUGAGGAAACUCUUGUUUUGCCUUCUCAGCGUCUCAGUUGCGUUGGCGCUGAUGAGAGGAGGCGGUAGCUCUGAAACAGCCUAAAAAUCUUGGAAACUAAAGUUUUAUUGCCAGAUUCCUUCCCAAUCAUUGACUAUCUAUUGUCCUUGGAUACUCCUCCAAUUUGCAAGUAUUCUGUUCUAAAUGUUUGAUAUUGUCUUCAUAGUUUUACUUAUCGGACAUAAUUUGAUUGCAGGUGGUGACGGAGAACCAGUUCAGUCCCGCAGUUCAAGAAGAGACGAAGUCCUUUCUUGACUAUAUCUCACAUAGCGACAGAAUCACUAGUUUUGACGGCAUCCUCAGCAAAUUGAAAAAUACAAUGUGCAAUGCGCCUCUAAUUGAUGAGCAGAGUGUCCUGCCCAGAGUGCCUUUCCAAGAUAUUACGAAUCAAGGAGAGAAAAACUCAAAACUUGCUUCUGUUGCUCAAAGUCAGGAGAAUGGAGUGCUGUACGAUGAAACAGCCCAAAAUCCUACAACAGAAAUACUGAAUUUGCUCCAUAAUCUUUUAACUUAUGUGGAAGAGCUUACACCUCAAAAUAUCACCAAGGAGAUGACUGCGGAUGAGGAAAUUUCUGUAUUGAAGGAUGCGAUUGUGAUUGAUGUUCCUGGUGACCCACAAUUAGAUCCGAAAUCGGUUUCUCAAGAUUAUCAAAGCACACUAUCAGUUGAAACAUCAGGAGAUGCAGUUCUUAGUUUUGAAGACAACUUUGUACAAGACACAAAUGUUUUGGAGGAAAGUGAUGUAAUCACAUCUUUUGUCGAUUUAACGCAAGAGCAGAGUGCUCAAAUGGCCAAAUGGAUUGAGGACAGUCUUGAAAGGGAGAUGAAUGCAGUCUCACAUGAUUCAGCGCCAAUAGACUAUGUCAAUCCGCUGACCGCACCAGACUCUUUGACUGAAGAAACAGGUGAUGACUUCAAUGAAGAUGAACCCAUAGGAUCUGGAUCUACAGAAAAAGAGUUGAAUGGUGGAGGAAGGAAGUGGGAGACGCACAUUACAUACUGCAGUUUGUGCUCCAAGGACGUGACACAUUUUCCAGAUCACUUAAAAACUUACCACAAGGAUGAAGAUGAUGUAAAAGAUAUGAUUAAAUAUCAGGUAAUUUUUGCUGAACAUAAUCGCAUUGUAAAAAUGAUCAAGGGAGCAAGUGAAGAAGAACAGCAGAAGAGGCAAGAGGACUUGCUGGAGUCCCAGAAAAAAGUUUAAGAAAUGAAUAAAAAAGUAAGAGAAAUUACAGGCAAGUUACGGCGCAGAGGGAAUUAUGAGCUGAAUCUUAAGGCUCCGUUAAAGAGUGAAAUUAGAACCAAAAAAAGACCAAAUCAUAAAGCAUAUAUUCCAACGCGAGCGACACAUGGUACAUGCCAUAACUGCCUUGCAACGAUUCGUAAUGAAAAUCUAUCUUUACAUAUAAGAACUACGUGCCCAGGAAAGUCUAGUACAGAGCGUGA